AUGGCCCAUCGCGCAGCCCAGGUGUGCCUCUUGGCAGGCAGAAGCAGUGGCGGCUGGGUAUCGGAGAACACGCGCUCACGCUUGGCCGUAGAGCGGUCGCUCACUCGCUCGGCAGACGACGGCGUUCGCUCCGCCUCCGCGCUCCAACCUCUACCGGUCCGCCCUCCAGGUCCAAGGCGGCUCGACGGCGAGCGGCGGCGCUCAGGCCUCAAGCUCAAGGGCAAGGCGGCUCGACUGGCGGGCGGCGGCCCUGCGCGGCUGCUGCUCCCGAGCGGCCGAAGCGCGGGCGGGCCAGCGGCCAGCCGCCCAGCGCGCUGCGCGGCUGCCUUCCCCUGGCGCUGGCGGCAGCCGGCUGGCCUGGGGCCUGGGCUGGGCGCCUGGACAGAGCUUGCUCUGCUGCUGCAGUCUGCAGAUCUACAGUGA